UCUACCGGACAAUCGUGCACUACCCUACCGGACAUUGGUGCACUACCUUACCGGACAUUGCUUGAAACCUACCGGACAAUGCCUGAAACCUACCGGACAAUGCUUGAAAUCUACCGGACAAUCUGGCGCUGCCCUACCGGACAUUGGUGCGCGACUCUACCGGACAAUGCCUGAAAGCUACCGGACUCUACUUUACCGGACAAAUUGUCCCUUAAUUAAAUCGCAUUGUCCGGUAACCGAUUAGCCUGUAUGUCCGGUAACAGAUGACCGUAUUGUCCGGAAGAGACUGCAUCGCCAGCUCACUGGACUGCACUGAGCCCGUCUGCGUCACGGCGGAGCCUCCAAAGCGCACGGGCAAGCGCAAGAAGCACCGCGGUCCGCGCACUGAGGUGCAGGUGGGCACCAAGCGCAGCUGGUAUGGCGUCACCGUCUUCCUGCUGUACGCCAUCGCCCUCAUCUCUCUCGCGGCACGCGUCGGAGCUGUGGGCGGCGCCGCAGGCGGCGUGCCCGCACUCCAGGCCCUGCAGCAGGUCGAGGCCGUGACCAACGCGCUGAGCUCCGCGCCGCCGCACCUGCGUGUGCGGUGGGACCUGGCGCAAGACCCAUUGGACCUCCAACAGCAGUACAGCACUGGCCCACCAGGCCUUUCGCACGUGCUGGCCAGUGUGGAGUCAUUCACCUUCGAUGGCAAGAUGGCCGCAGCCGCGUCAGAGCGCUACGAGAAGGACAAGGAGGGCGGCUGGGUAUGGGGCAACACAGUAGCCAUGACAUCAUCGACCACGGCAGAGGUUGCUUAACGAUAAGUUGGUGUGUAACGUCGGUUCAGACCCGAAUUCGAUCCUCCCCCAAUUCGGUACAGGGGAAACCUCCGUGCGUAUUCAAAUCACGCACAGGCGCUCCGCAGGGACCGCACGGCUCUUCAGUCGUGUCCUUGUCAUCCGUGGCUAACGUCAGAUAAGAGAGCGGUCGUGAAGUGCCGGCAAAGGGGCCGGACUCUGGAGCGAUCCAGAGUUUCAGUUGAGAUGUUGCCUGACAGUCGGCAUUACCUGAUCCCCCGAUCUCAGGUACCGAAAGAAUAAUAAUAAUAAUAUGUACGCGGUUCACGAAGGAGGCCGCGUUUCUUAAGGAGGAGUGAGUUUUGCUCACCCCACCGUGUCAAAAGGUGGAAAGUUAGCCGGGAUCGCGGGGGCUGGGGCCAGCAGCCGUGGCGCCGCCAGUGGGGCCGACUUGGCGUGAGUUCACAAUCCCCAUUUCGCGCUCAAGGCGGUAGUAGAGAAGGGAUGUGGUGCGCAGGCUGAUGACACUGUGCAUGUGUAUGCGCGAGCAGCAGGAUUUUGCUGAUGUGGUGGUGGCACCCAGCGACCGAAGGAGGGGUUCCAAGGUGUUUGAUACAGUGCCGCCGUGGCCCAGCGUAACAAUCUGCUCCUUUUUAUAUACUACGUCCCAGCCUGCAUCCCGCAGGGCGUCGGCUAGGCGAGUGUGCUGGGCUUGUUUCUGGUCACACUUUUCGCUGUGGUGGAGGUCCGAUGUGUAACCAACUUCUAUCAGGUAGACUUUGUGUUGCCGUCGGCCGGCGGUUGUAAGGCCGCGGGGCCCACUAGCCCCCACGUCGGAGCGUGGUAGGGAUGGGAUGAACAGGAUGUCAGGCCUCAUCCUUUUUCGGUCGGCCUCGGGGAUAUUGUUGCGCAGCAUCCAUUUGGGGGGGCAGGUGCCCGCACAGUAUUCGGGGCGUGCAUCUGCACUGCUUGCGUCCAUCAACAUGUACCCGCCACCGUUGGCGCCAUGGUGCAGGCAUUCCGCGAUCAUGCGGACGGCGGCAUUGUGUUUGGCGAUGCGGGCCCCAACAAGUUGGGGGUGCGCACAGUGGCCGGCAAGGUGGCCUGCGUUGCCCCGUUCGGGGGGGGAUCCAGCGCGCUGGUGAAUCGGGGCGCAGAGUGCACAAGUGUCACUUGCACGUAGUUUGAACAGCGCAAGCCGGGCGGGGCAGAUGAGGCCUCCCUGUCUGGCGUUCUGGAUGAAGCGUCGGAGGCUGUGCCCAGCGCCGGGGUGCGUCAUGUAGGCGGUGCUGGCCCUAGUGUCCAGGUGUGGGGCGGACUCCGCCCACUUGGUCGUGUAGAGUGUGUGUUUGGAAUGACCGCCAUGGGAGGAAGGGUCUAGUGUUUUCAGGAGGCCCCGAUUGAGGUCCGAGAUGUAGUGCAUGGUGGUAGAGCCAUCUUCCCGCGUCCGGGUCGUUGCUGGCCACCAGUGUGUGGCGUGGGGGUUAUUGUCAGCGAGCUCCGAGACGUCAGCCGGUUUAGUGCUUGUAGCUACGUCUGCUGCACCUUUAUCGGCUUCUUCAUUACCGUGCAGACCCGUGUGAGAAAUGACUUUAAGGAAAACGGUGUGUGCGUCCCUCUUCGCUCGUGCAUGGAGCAAAUCGGCGAUCGAACUCAGAAGUGCCUUAUGUUUGCUCAGAUGUAAGCGGCGUGGUUCGUUAAUAGCCCGUUUAAUUAGAUACAAGCUUGCAGCUGAGUCACUGGCAAUGGUUAGCGUUUUCUUCGCGAACAUACUAGUUUCACCUCCGAAUUCUUCCAGGGCUGCACGAAUUGCAGCGAGCUCGGCGCGUGUAAUAGUGUUAGUGCAGCCAAAUCCAUUUGGGUUUACGUAGACAACACGGUCUUUAUGCCAAGCACAAGCCCCAGCCACUUGUAGUUCUCUACCGUUUUCAGUAGUUAUCUUGGAUACCGAGCCAUCGGUCCAUACAAUUUCCUCGGGGUUGUGGGCCAGAGGCAGUGUACGUUGGAAUUGUGUCCGAUUCAACCUCGGUGUCGCUGGGGCUUCGUCAGGCGUGACCAUAGUAGCAAUGUUCUGGUGAGUUGCGAGGUACUUGGCAUGUUUGGAGAUGUGACGUGGGAUGUGGGGACACGACGUGUUUAACGUACCUGACCCGAGGUGGGUGUCAGCGACGGUUGCGGGCGCGUGGGGACCGGCUACCAGUGAGGAGCGAAGGCCUUUCCAGCUCUGCGUGAAGGCGUUUAGCCCAGCUGUGUUGCCAACGGCAACCAGUAUGGCUCCGCGUUGCUUCUGCAGGGGCACGUCAGUGCCGAGUCCAGGCUCCAUCCCAGCUGUGCCUGGGGAGUCAAGUUCUCCGUUCGUCCAGGUGGCGAGUCGGCGGCAGAGCGGGUGGGUUAGCCACUGUGUGUGUGGGUAAGUUGCGCACUUUGGGAGGACUAGAAUGGUCAGUGUGGGUUCCGGGGAGUUGUUGACUGUCUCGGCACUGGCGAGGGCCCAUACGAGGGCCUGUCGUGAGGCAUCGGGGUUUGCAGGAGGGUGUGCAUAGUGGAGCCCUGUCCAUGCAGUGCUGUAGGCAUCGUGUUGGGCGCCGAACACCACAUCAGCGGCUUCCCGGCUCCAGUAUUCAUCGGCAUCGGUCGUGUGGUUCAGGGGCGAGGCAAACAUUUCCUUGACCCUCCCCCUGCCGGUGUUUCGCAGGCUGCGCACAACGGCUCGGACGGUUGCCGAGGGGAGGGACGUCUGGUGCUGUGGUGCCGUCUUAUGAUCAGUUUGCCCC